UUCUAUUCUCUGCGUACGUGAUUCCGAAGAUCCAAAGCAUGGCACGGACGCUCACGCUCUGCUUCCUUCAGGGAUUGAUGAUGGUGGCGGCAGUUGUGGGGGAGCUGGAGAAAGGGGACGGGGGAUCGGAAAUGGAGAAACGGUUCCAUCGACUCCCCUCCGGAAGGGUCCUUUAUCCAUCUGACAAGGCCACUGACACCUCUGAGAACUUCCCGCUCUCCAGAUUCAGACCCUGGCUUCUACGCCGAUACCGACGGCAAGAUGAGGAUUUCUUGGAGGCGGAAAAGCGCCACAUUGGGUCUGCGUUUCGAUCGGGAUAUCGAGCAAUGUUCCAAGAGGAGAAAAGAGAGGAAGCGGGAAACCCAGAGGAAGAGAAGCGCCACGUUGGAGCUGCUUUCCGAUCUGGCUAUCGAGCAAUGCUUCCAGAGGAAGAGAAGCGCCAUGUUGGAGCUGCUUUCCGAUCUGGUUAUCGAGCAAUGCUCCCAGAGGAAGAGAAGCGCCAUGUUGGAGCUGCAUUCCAAUCUGGCUAUCGAGCAAUGCUCCCAGAAGAAGAGAAGCGCCAUGUUGGAGCUGCUUUCCGGUCUGGUUAUCGAGCAAUGCUCCCAGAGGAAGAGAAGCGCCAUGUUGGAGCUGCAUUCCAAUCUGGUUAUCGACCAAUGCUCCCAGAGGAAGAGAAGCGCCAUGUUGGAGCUGCAUUCCAAUCUGGUUAUCGAGCAAUGCUUCCAGAAGAAAAAAGUGAAGAACCAGAGAACCCAGAAGAGAAGCGCCAUGUUGGUGCUGCAUUCCGAUCUGGUUAUCGAGCAAUGCUCCCAGAAGAGAAAAGAGAAGAACCAGAGAACCCAGAAGAAGAGAAGCGUCACGUUGGAGCUGCAUUUCGUUCGGGCUAUCGAGCGAUGUUUCCUGAAGGAAAAAGAGAUCCAGGAAACCCAGAAGAAGAGAAGCGCCACGUUGGUGCUGCGUUUCGAUCUGGCUUUCCAAGUCCCAACAUGGACCUGAUGGGCAUGAGGGACUUCCCGAGAUCUCACGGACGAUAUGGCCAACGAGAGAUGGAAAAGAAACACGUCGGAGCUGCCUUCAGAUACGGAUUCCUCCCUUAUGCCCUCGCGGAUCGAGUGAGAGUCAAACGAAGCCUGAACGAAAUGAAACAAGAUGAAGAGGAGAAAAUUCGAGAGAAGAGGCACCUGGGCUCGAUCGCUCGACUGGGGUGGCUUCCCCACGCCCACGGCACUUUCUACCGACCCAUGUCCAUGAUCAGCUGGAAUCGGAGGCUCCGGAGCUACCCGCUCAUCUCCGGGCGGAGCACUCGAAGAUCCCUGGAAAAGACCCAGGACUUCAACUACGACGAACCUCAGGCUCUCGGACGGGCAUAUAUGGAAGAGGAAGACGACCCGGAUGAGCCGGACUUUCAAGAUCGAGUGCAAACGCCGCAAACUAUGCUAACUAUCUGGUUGAAGGACUGGCUGAGACACCUUGCAGAGAACUACAACAAUGAAGAGGCUUAAAUAAUUCCUUCCCACAUUCCGCGCAUUGUCAUCUGUGAUUGGAGGCCAACAUCUCUAGGCUGUACGAAAGCAGAAUAAAUCAAUUCCCUGCAUGCUACUCCGGAGAGCUUAACUUGCGUGAACAUGUAAAGAUCGUUAAUCUUGAACAGUUCCUCAAGAACUUGUAUCACACGUCUUCCUCGUCCCAUCGUGGUCCAUUUUUUCGCUUUGGGGAGAGUCGAAGAAGUAGGUGUCACCAUUUCAAGGGAUUGACUGCUUUCGUGCUUCCGGUAUGUAACACAGUGAAACACGCCACAUUAAUUUUAAGUUUUACUUAAGAUUUCAAAAGCUUCAACGGACAGAGGGCCACUUCAAAAAAUUUCCUUAGGCACUGAUCUUUAAGUCAAACCAGUUGGAUCUAUUCGGUCCCAUCGUUGUACAUACCUAGAGGGAACAGAUUAUUGCCAUUGAUGGGAUGUGGAUGAAUAUUUAUGGUGGGAAGUGAUAGAGAGAAUAAAUUGUCAUAUUCCGCA